AUCCUACUAAUGUGCAUCAAAAGGAGACCAACGGGGCUGAGGCCGUGUCAGCACGAUGGACCCCAAAGAGACCACCCUCCUGUGUCUUGUGCUCUGUUUGGGCCAGAGGAUUCAGGCACAGGAAGGGGACUCUCCCAUGCCUUUCAUAUCUGCCAAAUCAAGUCCUGUGAUUCCCUUGGGUGGAUCUGUGAAAAUCGAGUGCCAGGCCAUUCGUGAAGCAUACCUGACCCAGCUGAUGAUUCUAAAAAACUCCACGUACCAAGAGAUAGGCAGAAGACUGAAGUUUUGGAAUGAGACCAAUCCUGACUUCAUCGUUAACCACAUGGAUGCAAACAAGGCAGGGCGCUAUCAGUGCCAAUAUAGGAUAGGGCACUACAGGUUCCGGUACAGUGACACCCUGGAGCUGGUAGUGACAGGCUUGUAUGGCAAACCCUUCCUCUCUGCGGAUCGGGGUCUGGUGUUGAUGCCGGGAGAGAAUAUUUCCCUCACGUGCAGCUCAGCACACAUCCCAUUUGAUAGAUUUUCACUGGCCAAGGAGGGAGAACUUUCUCUGCCACGGCACCAAAGUGGGGAACACCCGGCCAACUUCUCUUUGGGUCCUGUGGGCCUCAAUGUCUCAGGGAUUUACAGGUGCUACGGUUGGCACCACAGGAGCCCCUACCUGUGGUCCUUCCCCAGUAACGCCCUGGAGCUUGCAGUCACAGACUCCAUAAACCAAGAUUACACGACGCAGAACUUGAUCCGCAUGGCCGUGGCAGGACUGGUCCUCGUGACUCUCUUGGCCAUACUGGUUGAAAAUUGGCACAGCCAUAAGGCACUGAACAAGGAAGCUUCGGCAGAUGUGGCUGAAACGAGCUGGAACCAACAGAUGUGUCAGCCAGGAUUGACCUUUGCACGAACACCAAGUGUCUGCAAGUAAACACCUGGAGGUGAAGGCAGAGAGGAGUCGGGACUGUGGAGUCCAACAAAGCUACUUGAAGGACACAAGAGAGAAAAGUGCACUAAGAAGCUUGAAUCUACUUUCUUUUGUUUUUUUUUUUUUUUUUUUUUUUUGAGACAGAGUGUCGCUCUGUCACCCAGACUGGAGUGCAAUGGAGCAAUCUCAGCUCAUUGAACUCUCAGGUUCAAGUGAUUCUUGUGCCUCAGCCUCCCAAGUAGCUGGAAUUACAGGCACAUACAACCGCACCUGGCUAAUUUUUGUAUUUU